AUGGUAGUCCUGGCUCCUGGGCAGCAACUGGCAAGAGAGAGAUUUCAACGCAAGGGCAAAGUUGUUACGUUACAUAAAUUCAUGAACACAGUGAAAUCAGAAGCUAGAAGAGAGAGAAGAAACAACGUCAAUAACAACCGUUACAAGGGCGUGAGGAGGAGAAAGUGGAUCAAAUGGGUGGCCGAAAUACGGCGACCAAACACUCGUGACAGGGUAUGGUUGGGUUCGUACGACGCAACCGUGUUUUGCUUACGUGGCGGGGCGGCAAUUCUUAAUUUUCCAAUGAGUCCGCCAGAUAUUCCGGUGGCAAGUAAGUUGUCGCAGACUAAAAUUUAG